AUGAUUAAAUAUCAGCAUCACUUAAAUUCCCACGAUGGAUGGCUGUUCAUCAUUGCGACUUACUUGCUCACAUUCAUAUUAAAUGUUAAUAGUUUCAAUCUGGAAAAUCGCUUACCAAUUUACAAAUUCGAUACGACAAAUAAUUCAUAUUUUGGAUAUUCAGUGGCAAUUCAUCACGAGAUAGAAGCAAAUAAGAAAUGGAUACUAGUGGGCGCGCCCUUGGGUAAAAAUCCACAGCCAAAUACGAAGAGAUCUGGAACAUUAAUGAAAUGUCCCAUAACGCAGUAUCAAACUGACUGUGAAGAUGUGUUAACAGAUGGACGACAAAAUCAUUAUGGACGUUACGAGAAAAGCGAUGAUGACACACUCUUUAAACCAUUGGCAAAUGAAAUAAAAGAGAAUCAAUGGCUUGGUGUUUCAGUGAGUUCACAAAAGUCAACAGAAAAAGAUCCCGGCGUGAUUCUUGUGUGCGCACAUCGAUACAUUUCCAAGCCCGGUAACUCGAUCGACGAUGCACAGCACGGAAUUGGAUUAUGUUAUAUUUUGAGUAAUGACUUUUCGUAUGACGAUGUUUUUGAGCCAUGUAAGGGAAGAGCUAAAGACAAAUUACAUGAAGAAUAUGGAGUUUGUCAAGCUGGUACGUCGGGUACACUUUUGGACGACGGUACAGUUGUAUUGGGAGCUCCUGGUGUGUUUACAUGGCGUGGUAGCUUAUUUACCAAAAAUGUUGCUGGAAAUUACUUAAGUCGAGACAAGAACAUUUAUUAUACACCACACGAGGGACAGAAUCCUCCAAUUGACAAAUAUAGUUAUCUUGGAAUGUCAGUGGCAGCUGCAAACUUCUUCCAUGUAAAUACAACAACGUUCGUAGGUGGAGCACCACGAUCACAAAAUCAUGGACAAGUAAUUUUCUUCGAUAAAAGUUCAAAACCAGCUACACCGAUGGAUGUAAAAAAGAAACUCGAUGGCGAGCAGUUUGCAUCAGGAUUCGGUUAUGAAUUGACAACAGCUGAUGUUAAUGGCGAUAGCCUACCUGACCUUCUAGUUUCUGCUCCUUUCUACUUCGAUAAGCACGAAGGUGGAGCUGUUUAUGUUUAUUUAAAUGAUGAAAAUAAAAUAAAAACGAAUUACGAUUUAAAAUUGACUGGAAAAUACGAAUCACGAUUUGGACUCGCGCUUGCAAAUAUCGGGGAUAUAAAUAAAGAUUUUAAAGAUGAUAUUGCGAUUGGUGCACCGUAUGAGGAUGAAGGUGUAGUUUAUAUUUAUCUUGGAUCGCCUGAAGGUCUCUCUAAAAAGCCAUCACAGAUUAUUAAAGCAACAGACUUGGGACUUAUUCCAAAUAAAGCUAUCAAUACAUUUGGAAGUUAUUUAGCUGGUGGAUUAGAUAUUGACAAUAAUGGAUAUCCUGAUUUAGUUGCUGGUGCUUAUAAUUCAUCAGCUAUUGUUGCUCUUUUAUCACGUCAAAUUAUUUUCAUUCAAACUGUUGUGCCUUCAAAAACAGACUUAAAACCAAUUGAUCCAUCGGGUAAGGGAUGUCCAGCUGAUGCACAAAGUACAUCGACAUGCUUCUCAUUCAGAACAUGCUGUUCUGUUGAUCAAUUGUCAGAAGCUGGGAGCCUACAAACUCUCCAUAUAAUGUACAAAAUUGAAGCUGAAACUUUCAACAAUCUAAAGAAAUUUUCACGUGUCUAUUUCGGACCUGAUCUCGUGAGUCGAAGUAAUAUCAUUGAGAGAAACUUUGACAUUAAAACUAAUGGUGAACUCUCAUGCUUUGAUGAAGUCGUUUACAUAAAAGACAGUGCACGAGACAUUCAAUCACCAAUUAAAUUUCGUCUUAGUUAUUCAUUAAUUGACGAAGAGCUUGCUGAUUCAGGAUUAACUCGCUUAAAUCCAAUUCUAGAUCAGACACAAGCCGAUCGAACAUUCGAAGCAACCUUCCAAAAAGACUGCGGUAGCGAUGAUGUUUGUGAAUCGAAACUUAAAGUUGUGGCAGAAUUGGAUUUGGACAAAGAGAAAAAUGGACAGUAUGCAUUUGUUGUUGGUAAGACUGAUGUAAUCUUCCUUAAUGUAACGGUUGAAAAUGAACAAGACUCAGCUUAUGAAGCACAACUUUUCGUCGUUCACCAACAGAGUGUCAAUUAUAUUGGAGCUACAAAGGGUCAAAUGAUUUGCAAUCAAUUUAAUAGCACAGUUGUUGCCUGUACAUUAGGUAAUCCAUUCAAACGUGGAACAAAAGUCGGCACAACACUUCGUUUCGAUCCAAGUGGAUUGGAUGAUUCAGAACCAAAAAUGACAUUCAGAAUAUUUGCUAAUUCAACAUCGAAAGCUAUUGAUCCACAGAAAGAUAUUGUUCUUGAGUCGAAUGUUGUUAAACAAGUCGAGCUUAGCGUUCAAGGAUUUGCUCGUCCGUCUCAAGUAUUCUAUGGCGGUGAAAUCAAAGGCGAGAGUGCUAUGAAACAUUUUGAAGAUAUUGGAACAUCUGUUAUUCAUACAUUCCAGAUCUACAACUCAGGACCCUGGAAGGCUCCGCAUGUUGAAGUAUUCAUCGAUUGGCCAUACCAAGUAGGCAAUGAUAAGCCACUCGGUAAAUGGCUCCUCUAUUUAGAAGAUAAUCCAAUUAUCGAAGGUGCUGGAGGUGGUGUUUGUUCCUUAGUAGAUUCAAGCAAUUCAAUAAAUCCAUUAGGAUUGACAAGAAAGCCAUUAGACAAUGUAGGAAUGCUAUCAGCACCUCUAAUGGACGAGCCAGCUUUAUUAAGGAGAUCGAACAAGUCUUACAAUUUUGCAUUAAACCAAAAAUCUUCAACUUACGAAGAGAAGCAUUCAAGUGAGAGUACGGUGUUAAAUCGUGUGAAGAGAGAUCGUGCAAUGAUCAUUAGAGCCGAUAAAUUAGUUGAUAGUGAUGGAAAGAAGACUAACAUUGUAACAAUGGAUUGCAGAAAAAGAACUGCCAAAUGUGUUAGAAUUAAGUGUGAAAUUUUUAAUAUUCAACGAAAAACUGAAGCAUUUGUUCAUAUAAAAUCGAGAUUAUGGAAUUCAACAUUAUCAAUGGACUAUCCAAGAGUUGAUCGAGUGACAAUAUUUUCACAUGCACAAAUAUCAAUACCUGCUACAUAUGGCAUAAGACAAAAUGAUCUUACAGAUGAUACAGCAUCGAUAGAAACACACGCUUAUCCUGAAUUACAUGAUCAAGUUCCAAGUGGACCUAUACCACUUUGGGUCAUCAUUGUUGGAAUUCUUGUCGGUCUCUUCCUUCUCGCUCUUGUGGCAUUUAUCCUUUGGAAGUGUGGAUUCUUCAAGCGAAGACGUCCUGAUCCAACGUUGAGUGGCAACUUAGAGAAGACUGGUGAAGGACGACCAUUCUUAAAAUAA